AUGAGGGCUCCUAAUAGAAUCGGCACGAUAAGAGCUCUGUGCCUUCUUGGGAUUUACAGCCAUAGUGUUGCUUUAUGCCAGGAAGAUGAAAGCACUGUUGAGAUUGUACUUCUGAGUAAUGGAACCGAAAAGACAAGGCCGAGAGAGGAUGAUAAAAACGAUAUCAAUACUGAAGACAAAUCCAAGGCGCUUAGAAGUCUAUUAACAACGUUAGUAAGCCAUCUAAUGGCGGGUAAUAAGUUUCAGAAUAGUCUUCUUAAAAGUUAUGAUGGAGGAGAUCGUUCUGAUUCCCCAAAAGAAAGUGGAGACCGACAGACAGCCUCCCCCUCCCAGAACUCAAAAGCCAACAAAUCCCCUGCUCAAGAACCAACUACAGAGAUGCUGGAAAAGAUAAAGAGAGUUCCAAUGGGAUACAGGACAUUCUGUUCCUUCCUCCAGAAUUUGGACCUUAUUAGAGACAAGCUAAAGAACAAACCCGGAACCAGAAGAAUCCGGAAUGUUCUGGUUUACGAAGGGUAUCACCUCACCGACUAUUGGGGAAGACUGAAAUUCAGAAAGGAAGGGGAUAAGCUUAUAGACGAAACGGGAUAUUUUGAGGGAGUUAAAGUCAAUACGUUUGAAGACAUAAUAAAGGAGGGAAAGAUGACCAAAACCGGCUUCAUUCAGAAAAAGGAGAUAGGGGAAACAGAAGUAAACGAAAACCUGAUAACCAUGAAGCUUCUUCUAAAUGAGAUUGCCAAAGAAAAAAACACAUCCAUCCACGGGGUAAUUAACGAGGGAUGCAAUAUGUCCAUUGUUGAAGAGCUGGUCUUUUACGGGAAUAGUCCUUCCGCUCACAACGACGAGAUAGUGCAUGUUUGCAUAUGCUCGGAUUCAUUCUGCAAGGAGCCAUGCAAAGAUAUCGUUCCAAUGAAGAUGGAGGAGCUAGAGUUCAGGGGUUAG